AUGGGUUUGCGUUGUGCAUCGUAUAUCGAAUCAACUCCGAAAUACUACUCGUAUAACAAUGGUUCUGGUGCAAGUCAUGGCCAUUAUUGCUCAGGUCCAUACAGCCUUCGUAACGGCAAUUACAAGUAUCAUAUAGCGCCUUCGCGCAAUCACACUAGUCGUAAUGGGUCUGGGCCUUCUGGCUUGUCCUCUCUUUCCAAUUCAAUUUCGUCCGCUUCUUCAAAUGGCAGUACUAGGGACGGGAGCCGUAGAAACUCAAGUAGAGAGCGUAUUUCGUUUGCCAAUUCAAAUAGACAUUUGAUAUUGAUCGACGAUCUGUAUACUGACACUAAUAGCAACGGACGUAAUCGUGUGCCAGAGGCCGGCAGUAUACCCAGCCAUAUGGCCACUUUAGAUCCUUCGAGUUUAUCGAAUUAUUACUUGUCGCACUAUUAUAGUCAUGACAAGUAUCCAGGUGAUCUACUAGACUUGAAGAUGGCUUCAGGGCACGAUUCUCAACCUUUAGCCAUUACUUAUGGGUGCAAGAGUUGCAGGUCUCAUUUGUCGUCGCAAACUCAAAUCAUGUCCAAGGAUUAUCGAGGCAAGACAGGUGACGCUUAUUUGAUGAAUAAUGUGGUGAAUGUCACCAUGGGUGAUGUGGAAAAGAGAACCAUGAUAACAGGCGACUAUUUGGUCUGUGAUAUACAUUGUCAUUGGUGUAAUUCAGUCGUUGGGUGGAAGUAUUUGAAAAGUCAAAGAAAUGAUCAGAAAUACAAAGAGGGCAAAUACAUUCUUGAACUAAAGAUGAUUUGCAACUGUGACUAA